GCCCUUUCACCGUACAAAAAUCAAUUUGCUUAACAACUUGACCGCUUUGACGUCACCUUAGUCUGGAGCGUCAAUGCCACUUCCACGCCGCUAUUGGUCUGAAAAUCACAUGACAUGGAGCUCCAAGAAUCCAUAAUUAUGUUGCUGAUAUUUUUGGCUCCAAAAAGUUGUCAGUGUCCUACUGUCCUUAUUCUCCUCGAGAAAAACCGUUACCACAGGAACACAAAAGACACCAACAACACCAACAAUAAAAAAUAAUGUCAUGCCAGGAUAACAUUGCUGCCGGUCAUUUCCUGAUGGAUUCUUUGAUGGGAGGAUCAUCUUCUUCCUAUAGAGGCGAGGGCUUCUCCAGCAGCAACCCAGGAAUGUACAUCCACUCGGCUGCAUCUGAGUAUGGAUGCUCAAUGAUGAGACAUUUUGGAGUAGUUGGAUCGCCCCUUCCCAAAAAAGACGAGGUUCCUCCGAGUAGCCACCCUCUCGGCUCCUACCAAGAUGCGCUUUACCUGUCAUCCCAACUGGGCACUUGGACCUCUGUUUCUAAAACUAACAGUGACGAGCAACCUGUUGCCCAGUCCAGUUUACAUCCGUGUUCGUUUCCAAUCGACAACGUCAAAAAGGAGGCGUUCUGUUGUCUGUAUCAGGGUGACAGUAGCAGCAGGGCUAAUACUGACAAUACAGAGUCGGCUACUUACAUUCAGAUUGGGAACAAUAGCAGCAGCCAGACGGACCAAACCGCUGUCUCGGAGGUGUCCGAAUGUUAUGGAGGAGUAAGACGGGUAUACCCAGGAGAGAGCAGGGAACAGCGAGAGGAGCAGUUCGGGACAGGCUUUGCGUCUUUGGCACCGGUGACGACAUCUGUUGAAUCACCAAGAGAAUCAACGGUUAACAAAUCUACGCAGGAGAAAGUUAGCGAGGAAACAGGCAUCGAAGAGGAAGAACAGCGAAAGCGCAAGAAAGAAGAGAGUGCAAAGACUGACAGUUGUUCUGAUAACUCUGACGAAUUGAAAGAUGAUUUUACAUUGGAAAAUGCUCCGGGAAACUGGUUAAAAGCCAAAACUGGACGGAAGAAGAGAUGCCCGUACACGAAGCAUCAGACGCUCGAGCUGGAAAAGGAGUUCUUGUUUAACAUGUAUCUGUCUCGCGAGCGCCGUCUGGAGAUCAGUAAGAGUAUCGAUCUGACCGAUAGACAGGUAAAGAUCUGGUUCCAGAACCGAAGGAUGAAGCUCAAGAAACUCAAUAGUGAAAGUCGGGGUCGGGAUCAUCUUAUGGCGGCCUACAACUUCACCUGAAAUUAUAUUAUCUAUAAAACUCUUCCAUUCACACACUCACACACACACACACACACACACACACACACACACACACACACACACACACACACACACAUACACACACACACACACACACACACACACACACACACACACACACACACACACACACACACACACACACACGUAUUUCGUCAUACAAUGACAAUAUUUCAACGAUACCCAAGAGUACACGACUUAAUGAAGGAAGGACUUCAGCACUUGAGUUUGCCUUUCAACACAUGAACAUUAAAUAGCGGUGCCGUUUCCAUUGUUAUAUAAAGCAAAUAUAUAAGUGAAGGCCUGUAAUGAACACCAACACUCAAGCAGCUUAGAACUGCUGGAAUUGAAAAAAAUAUUCGUUUUGUUUGUUCUCGAGCAAUGUCCUCUUACUCCCUAGCUUCAUCGUGUUGCCUUUAGUUUUCUGCUGCUAUGUGUCAUAGGCUAUUCUUGCACUGGACUUUUUGCAUCCACAUUGUUGCUCGCGUCAUAUUUGUCCCGUUGAUUAUUCCUAUAGAAAAUAUAGUUUGUCCUUCCCCUUAUUAUCCAUUUGGCACUAUGUUAAGAGAGAGAGAAAGAGAGGGAAUGAGAGAGAGGCUGCGGAUAAGAGAAAUUGGGAAGAUCAUGGCCGUUUUAAUAGGAGAGAGACCAUUACGUUGAUUUAAUUAUUAUCCAGGUGAGCACUGUAAGUCAAGGUCAUAAAAUUCUAACGUCAGAAUCGUCUCGUGGUAGAAGCGCCCAGCUAGGGGUGGAUUUUAUGAUCUGCAAAUAUAAUGUGCUAGCUGGCUGCUGCAGUUAAGAUGCAUCGUUUAAAGGUGUGUGGAGGAGAGGAGGGACAGGCUACUCUACACAUAGGAGAGGGUCUGCUAUGCCUACUGGAUAGAACGAAUGCGCUCGGGGGGUUCCCUCUGCUACGGAGGCAGGCUGCAGCCUUCUAUUGUGGAUACUGCAUCUCAGCAAGAAAGGAAACAGAUGGAUGAUUAUCAACAACAAUUACAACGACAACAAGGACAGCAUGGAUAAAUGAGGACCACGACGACAGAGUGUGUGUGAGGAAAUGCAAGAUUUGGAGACAUUUGCCAUGCGCGGUGUAGCGGCGUAGAGGUCCAUUUGCCAGGAUCACCGACAUACCCUUCCACUGGACCAGUGAUCCUGCGUCACGGUCACUACAAACAACUCCGAGAACGCAGAUGCGGACAAGGAUGGGGGUCUUGCCAGUUGCAGACAAACAAGCAGAGGGCUGAAUGCACAAAGCCACAGUGCUCAGGAGUACAGCUUGGAUCACGCCAGAGGAGGAUCGCAGGAGCAGAAAGCUAACGUCCAGAUUUACCCC